GUGUCCCCGUGCAAGAAGAAGAGUCUGCUGCCCGCCUGCCUCCGCGGGCGUGUCCCCUCGGACGAGAAUGUGUACACCAAGACCAGCAGUGCCGCCCCCUCCGCCCACGCCUCGCCCGCCCACCGCAAGCACCAGCACGAGCACGACCAGAUCGACUAUGAGGACGACAGCUACUUCAAACGCCGCCCCAAGACCAUCUGCUACACCGACCCCAAGCGCCUCGCCUCCUUCGACGACUCGCUGGGCAGGAGUAGUCGUGUGUCUCGCCCGCGGUCUGAGGUUGGCAGCGCAACGUACGACAGUUACCAUGCAGAUGAUGUUGGGAGCGACGCUGCCAGACGGCCGACUCAGCUGGCCAUCACGUCCGGAGAUCAUCACUCGACGGAGUUCUACCAUGGAGACUCGCACAAAGAGGGCUACACCCUGACCCGGAGCGCCUUCACGCAGCCGAACACCCCCGACCUCAGCCGCCACUCGUCGCGCCACAGGCAGGUCACAACCCCUGCGCUCUUUCCUCUAGAGGACCGACCCCAAAAACAUGUCAGCUUCCAGAAGGCGAUGAGCCGAUCAGCGACGGUGGCCGGGCUGGAGGAGCAGGUGAUGUCGCGGCAGGACAGCGGGCGAGCCAGCGUCAAGUCGGGCGGCUCGCGCAGCCACGAGCGGCUCCUCGAUGGCCGCAGGACACCGGACUACAUGGAGCAACGGGCGCUCGAUCAGCUCCUGGCGCCGGUGCUGACGAAGGCGCUGCUGCAGGUUAAAAGUGAAAAUGCUAAUGAAGAAUAG